AUGUCUCGUAACUAUCAAAGAGUUCCAACAGCUGACGACCCACUGCAUUCGAACGAGAGCAUUGAUUUGCAAGCUGGCCAUGCUACCACUGCUGCUGGUGCUUCACCUUUAUCACCCCAUGCAUCCCAUCCACACACCAUGAACCGUCAAAGAACCGAUCUCGAAGAAACAUUUGGUGAACCACUAGACGACGACGACGACGACUACGACGACUCGAAUGAAUCCCGUCGUUUAUUGGGUACAGCUUCAGCGUCUUCUUCGUCUUCUUCCACAGCUAUUCCCGUACAACCACUACCACCCACAUCCAACAAUCACCGACAACAACAACAACACCACCAACCAGCAGUAUUGCCUGUCACCAAUGAUGGCGUGUUCGCCAACAUGUCAGCUAAACCUGAACGAGAAGCAGAUAAACUUGAUGAAACACCUCCUGCAUACGAAGAUGCCGCAGCCGACGCCACACCUCCAUAUUGGCAAACUACCAUCGUUGCACCUGCUGGUAUGGAUGACAUGAUCCUGGUCGAAGGUAUGCCAGUGGGUAGCUUAUUUGGUUUUGCAUGGAAUCUUCUUGUAUCCGCAAGUUUCCAGUUUGUUGGUUUCUUGUUGACCUAUUUACUGCAUACUUCACAUGCUGCCAAGCAAGGAUCAAGGGCUGGUCUCGGGAUUACUCUGGUACAAUUUGGAUUUUAUAUUCGCAGUCGUGGAUCUCUUGAAGAUGUUGGAUUGGAUGAUGGAAGCAAUAGAAACCAAGAUCAAGAACCAGAAGAAGAGAGUGUUCAAGCCAACAUCAUUGCUUAUCUAUUAAUGCUACUGGGAUGGUUCAUUAUUAUCCGCUCUAUUGGAGACUACCUACGUGCACGGAAAAUGGAGCGCAUCAUUGCCACCGAACCUUCAGCGGAAACUAUGGUUUAA